AUGUCUCUACUAGAAGAUGUGUUUCUUCAAGACGAAGCUGGUGAAGCUCAGGAAUUGGAAAGAGUAAUAGAAGGUGAUGAAUAUGAGGAUAGAGCUCGUUCAGAUAGUGAUGAUAAUAGUGAAAAAGAAGAUGAAGCAGAGGAAGAUAAAAGAAGGGUAGAACCUAAUACUACUAAAACGCAUCGUGUGGUUAAAAAUCCAAGAUUUAUUUUAAAUCCUGCCAGACUGACUGGACCAAGAGGAAUACAAGUUAUCCCAGAACAUUUUAAAGACUUUAAAUUCAAAGGAAAAGGACAUGAGAAAGAAGAUUUAGAUUUGGUACUUAAAAAGCUAGAACAUUGGGCAUAUAGAUUAUAUCCAAAGUUUAAAUUUGAGGACUGUUUAAAGAAAAUAGAAAUUUUGGGUAAAAAAAGACCUGUCAUGGUUCAUCUACAUAAAAUAAGAACAGACCAAUACAUAUCAGAAGAAACAGUAGUGCAGAAGGAUUCUAGCAAUGAAGAAGAGGAAGAAGAAAAAGAGAAGGAACCAGAAGAUGAAUUCGAUAGACUCUUGCAGCAACAAAUUGAGUUAGCGCGAUCCACACCAGCUCCUGGGUCAGCUAGAAAAAAUAUGGAUAGUGCCAUUAAUGAUAAUGGACCAAUGGUAAUGCCAAAAGCUACAUCUUCACCAUCAAUAAGCGAUGAACAAAAGGAGAGAAUGCUUAGAAAUAGGAAACUAGCUGAAGAGAGAAGAUUAGCUCGUCUCAAAAAUUUAUCAAAUAUGAAUAGCUCACAAAAUAAAGACAAUCAAGUAACAACAAGUAAUAUUUCCAAAGAAAUUAAUGAAAAUGGAAUGGAUAUUGAAAAUAAUAUGCCAGACAAAAGACCUAAUAAAUCUAAUGUAAUAGAUAGCUCUGACGAUGAAGUUGCUCCUGUUAAUACAUCUAUUACAGUAGAUGUACAUAAGAAUAAUGAAGAAAGUAAUGAUUCAAAAAAUAAUGGAAAUAACUCAAACAGUGCUUUAAGAAUAGAUACAGACAGUGAUACAGAAAUUGAGAAAAAUGUAAAAACGGACAAUUAUUAUAAUAAAAUAGAAGAUAAAAGGCAAAAGUCGAAUGUACUUGAAAGUUCUGAUGAGGAACAUGAAAUAAAUAUUAAUGAUAGAAAUGAUAACACACAACAUAUUGAACAAAAUCGUGGUAUAGAAAUUAAUGAUGUUGAAAAAAAUAAUGAUAAAUUACACAAUAAUUAUGUUGAAGACAAUAAUGAUACAUUACCUAAUACUGAUAUUGAAGAAAAUAAUGAUAAAAUACAGAAUAAUGAUAUAGAAAAAACUAAUGAUAUAUUACAAAAUAAUGAAACAGAACAGUCAAAUGCUUGUAAAAAAGACGCAGCGUUAGAUAAUAAUGAUGAAACAAAGAAUAUAGAAUUAAAUAAUGCAAAUAUAGAUAAAGAUAAAGCUAUACUUGAUGAAGAUGCAACAGUAACAAAAGAAAGUAUGCUUGUUAAGGAAAGUUCAAAUGUAAAGGAUGAUGAUAUAAAUAAUGAAAAUGAAGAGAAAAAUAAUUUAGAAUCAGUUCAAAAAGAAAAUACAGAUGUUGAAUUAAUGGAUGUUGAUUUCAGUGAAGAUUUC